CAAGGAUGGCGGUAAACGAGGGGGACGAGGCCACUGUGUCUCUGGUGGAUGUUUUGGAAGAGGAUGAGGAGUUAGAAAACGAAGCCUCUGCCGUUUUGGGCGGCAGCGAUCCGGAGAAAUGCUCCUAUCCCGAGGGCUACGUGAAGCGGCAGGCUCUCUACGCCUGCAACACCUGCACGCCGAAGGGCGGCGAGCCGGCCGGGAUCUGCCUGGCCUGCUCCUACAAAUGCCACGAGGGGCACGACCUCUUCGAGCUCUACACCAAAAGGAAUUUUCGUUGUGACUGUGGAAAUGGCAAAUUUGGAGAGUUUGAGUGCAAGCUGUACCCGGAAAAAGACAAACUGAACACUGAAAACAAAUACAGUCACAACUUCUUUGGUCUGUACUGUACUUGUGAAAGACCGUACCCUGACCCAGAGGAUGAGGUUCCAGAUGAAAUGAUCCAGUGUGUGGUCUGUGAGGACUGGUUUCAUGGCAGGCACUUGGGCUGCGCGGUGGCUGAGUGCGUGGAGCUGCAGGAGAUGGUGUGCGAGACCUGCAUGAACAGGGCGCCAUUCCUGUGGACCUACGCCGCCCACCUGGCAGCAUCCCCAGUGACCAAAGGGAGUCCCUGCAAGACAGAGGCUGAGGAGGAGGUGAAGAAGGAGGUGAAAGAAGAGGUACAGAAAGAGGUGAAAGAGGAGGUACAGAAGGAGGUGAAGAAGGAGGAGGAGAAUGGUGACGGAGGAGACCGGAGCCAGGGGGAGAGGCCUUCCACUAGCCUGAGCUGUCAGGGGGAGGAAAAGGCGACCGUGAAUGGAGCGGCGGGAUGCAAGCGGACCCGCCAGGAGAUGGAGGACGACGGGGCCAGAGAGGCGGAGUGCAAGCUGAAAGCGCUGGCGGGCCAGGGGGCGGAGAGGCCUCGGGUGGGGGCGGUGUUCUGGCCCUCGGUGUGGCGUUCCAGGCUGUGCGCCUGCGCUGCCUGCAAGAGAGUCUACGCAGAGGCGGGCGUGUCCUUCCUCCUGGACGAGUCGGACACGGUCCUGGCCUACGAGAACAAGGGCAAGACGACGGAGCAGGAGAGCAGCACGGAGGGCCGGGACCCGCUCAUGUCGGCCCUGAACACGCUGAACCGCGUGCAGCAGCUGGAGAUCAUCUACGAGUACAACGACAUGAAGACUGAGCUGAAGGAUUACCUGCAGAGAUUUGCAGAGGAAGGGAAGGUGGUGACCCCGCAGGACAUCCAGCGCUUCUUCGAGGAGCAGCAGACUCGGAAGAGGAGGCGGGCCAACGCGGGACAGUAUUACUGCAGCUGAACCGGCCCGACCCGUCCGGACCUGUCCCGUCCCCACGCCUCUGUCCUUACCGAGAGCUACAAUUCCAUAUGCCAGUCACUGUUGGGUUUCUUUUUAACUGAGUAACGCGAGGUGUUCCACACCAUACAACCCACUCCUCUACACUAACGGCUUUUAAAUAAAUAAAUGCAGGCAAAAGUUGAAGGUUCCCCUUAAAAGGUUGUCUGACUACAAGCGUUUAUGACUUCAGCUUCUCAGAGGAGUUUUUCUGUGUGGUUUUUUUUUUUGUUUCUAUUACGUUUUAUGUCUGUGGCAAAAGACCAAACAGCUCAAGGCAGGGGAACGGAUUCUGGCGAGGCAGCGAGGAUGUGGUGGUGACAGGUAGCGGCUGAUGCUCUUAGCACAGCUGACGCUCCUGCUUGUACAUUUACGCACUCUGCAGCUUGUACAGAGCAAUACUGCGGGCCACUUGCCAAAUCCAGACACGGAUUGUUAAGCUUGUCGUCUGUCUCUUUAGCGUAGCGGGGCAAAAAAACCCCCAAAAUUGGAAGUCUAACCUCCUCUUUAAAUAGAGUAUUCUGACACACAAAAACAGAUGACUGCAGUUUGGAAUAGUGUCGUGAACGUCCGCAGGGUUUUUCUGUGGGGCAGGGAGGCAAAGCUCUGUUUUGUGAUGUUAAAUUCAAAUGUGUUUUCUGUUGCUAUUACGAUAAGGAAAGACAAAGGUGCACUGCUGAAUGCUUUCUAGUUACCCUUUUCUACUAGUUGGUUAAUUUAUGCCCAGUAAAGGUAAAGCUGGUCAAAACAAGUAUGUUUUUUUUUUCCCAGUGUGUUCAGGUGUCACUCAGCACAAAGUUCUGCCGCUGUCUGCUUUUCAGCUCAUUCCAUAGGAUUUUCCUCGUCGUUACCUCUUCUGUAAUUAUUCUUGCUCUGGAUCACAGUGACGCUGCACACAACUGUCAUUAUCAGAACUCGCCAGAUGGGACUUCAGCGUUUCAUGCAAAAUGUCAGUUUUUCUGGCCUAACUUUGGCCGCAAAUCACUUGGGAGUUUGAAAUGGCUCAUUACUGAGGGGAGGGAGGGGGAGGGGGGCACCCUGAAAACUUCAAAUAAGGCUGGCUGUCCGUCAGACAGGAGAAGAAAAGACAGCGAUAAAUGGCAUAGCCUCAGACCUGUGGAGUGAGCAUUUCACAUUUAGGGUGCAGAAAUUUGUAUGUAUCACACUUUAAGCUGAAGUCAUUACUGUUGGAGGCUCAGGUUGCUACGGUUGUCCGCUUCUCGUCCGAGAUAGCGACACACACACGGGCAUAUACAGGCCUUUAUCAUUAGCCUAAUGGUGGAAGCCUCUUAUGACGUCACACCCAGUGAAGUAUUGGUGGUGUUUUGAGGGAUACAGAUUUCUUUGAAACACCCUCCGCUACAGAGCUGUUAGCUCAUACAGUAGUACAAAUCUUUACUGGGUCAUGAAAUCUGAGAACUGCGAUGUGUGCGCUCGCAGUGACCGGGACGUCUGUGACUGAGUUUUAG